AUGCAGUCGGUCUCUCUGGAGAUCAUGCUGGAUAGCGAUGCAUGUGAGGCUCCUGCUGGCCCAAGCAAAUGCAAGGAUGAGGAAGGGGAAGCACCGAUUUCAUUGCUAUCUUUUUACGAUUUUCCACCGUGCGCAUCAGAUUUGGUCCCGAUGAUUCAUGAAAAUAUUUGUAUCGGUGGCUUAUCACGGUAUGGGCUGCAGGAGGUGGAACUAUUGCUGAAUUGCCCAUCACGUGGCUCUAUGUUUAACUGGGAGUACGUUGCUGCUGAGUUUGGCUUCUCCAAUAGCAGAAUUAUG